UCAUAGUGGACUCCAAGGCACCACUAGACCCGUGCACUAUUUCGUGCUCCAUGACGAAAAUCAAUUCACUGCAGACGAUGUUCAAAAAAUGACUUAUUAUUUCAGUUAUUUGUAUCAAAGAUGCACCUCCUCGAUCUCAAUUGUCCCCUCACUUGCAUACGCGGAUCUAUUAGCGAACCGAAUACGAUUGUAUCCAGAAAAUGGCAAUGACCAAGUAAUCCCGGAUUUGCACGAAAAUUUGCAACAGUCAAUGUAUUUUGCGUGA